AUGGCGCCUCCCAGCGGCGAUGCUUCUCCGGCUGGUCCCGCCGCACUGGACCUGGCCGUCGUGCACAUUCUCGAAGCUUCCAGUCUCCCUCCGCUUCCCGAACGCGGCGGCAAUGCGGCCCCAAGGAAGGAUGAGUGCGAGAAGAAUAAGGAUAGGAAGGACAAGGGUGGGGCAUCGAGGAUCACCGGUUGGGGGCUUCGCGAGUACAGCAAGAUAGUUUGUGAAAAAGUUGAAGCCAAAGGAAGAACAACAUACAAUGAGGUUGCAGAUGAAAUUUAUUCUGAGCUGAAGUCCAUGGAACAUAUCGGUCAAGGGUUUGAUGAGAAAAAUAUUAGGAGGAGAGUGUAUGAUGCUUUCAAUGUUCUCAUUGCACUUCGAGUUAUUGCCAAAGAAAAAAAGGAGAUAAAGUGGAUGGGCCUUUCGAAUUACAGAAUCGAGAAGAUGAAGAAGCUGGAGGAAGUUCGCAGAGAACUCAUAAAUAAGAUUAGGAACAAGAAGAGACUCCUCCAGGAAAUUGAAAAACAGUUUGAUGACCUCCAACAUAUCAAGUCGCGUAAUCAGACACUGCAGCGCUCAGCAGAGAAUGCUAAUGGCAUCCGCCUUCCUUUCGUAUUGGUCAAGACAUCUCUGAAAGCAACGGUGGAAAUUGAGAUUUCAGAAGACUCGAAGUUUGUCCGUUUCGAAUUCAAUGGUGCACCAUUCACAUUGCAUGAUGAUCUCUCAAUCCUUGAAGGGGUCAGGCGUAAGAAAGAACUGUCAUGCACCUCUCAUUAGAGAUUCAAGAAUCUGAUAAAUCAAGUGACAUGUCAGAACUGGCACAGCCAGAUUCUUUUGCACAGCUAUGUAUAGCUAUAUACUCUUAUGAAAACUUGACCUAGUUUAUAGGGCAAUCUCUCAGGCUUGAGAUUUUAACCUGCAAUUUUGUCUCCUUUUUAUGCCUAGC